AUGAGUUCCCUCAAUUGUAGUUCCAGGCUGCCCGUCUCCGGUUCCGUGGCGGACAUCCCCUCCGACGUUCAACUCUCGAACCCACCCCCCCACGAUGGCGGUUCUUCUGCCGAUGGAAACGCCUUUUUUUCACUUCCGUCAUCGCCGAAAGUUCCUGAAGGCUUUGAUAGCCCUCGCGAGAGUGGAAAUUGGCUGAUCCAUCAGCUUUUCAUCCGACAGGAGUACGCUGCCUGCCUCGCGAUGGUUGAAACGCAGCUCCGUGAAUCGGAAGGGCUCUGUGCGUACGCGUUAUUCGUGAAAGGCCUUCUCAAACGCAUCGAUGGGGCGCUCAUGGAAUCCUUGGGGCUUCUUCAAACCGCCGUGUUGAUCGCACCGAGGAGUGUGGCGAAUCGCAAGGAGCUCGGCCGUGCGUUUCUUCUCUGUGGUUUUCACGAGGAGGCGAUUGCGGCGUUCGAGGAGGCCGAAUCUCUCGCCGCCGCGCAGCAUGAGACGGAGGAUUGGGAGAUUCGUUACGGGAUCGGGAAAUGUUAUAUGGGGCUUGGGCAGUACGAGAACGCCGUGCACGCGUUCAUGCGCUCCUCUGGGGUGCAAUAUCAUGAUGCGAUCACUCUCCAGCUCGGGGAGGCGCUGAGCGGGUUGAAGGAUUAUUCAUCGGCGAUUCGUCUCUGUGAGGCCGCGCUGAGGAACUCCCCGAGCAACCCCGCGUUGUUUGAACUGCUUGGAAAGCUUUACACGCAGGAAAAUCGAACGCAGGAGGCGUUUCAGUGUUUUAGCUCUUGUUUACGGCUGGAUCCGACAAACGAGCUGGCGCUCGCGGCGGUCUCGAGCGUGUUUCACGAGAAUGCGCAGUACGAGGUGGCGUUGGGAAAGUAUGGGAUCGCCCUCGCGCGGAUGCCAGACUCCGCGGAGUUGUGGGGUAACGUCGGGGGAUGUUUUUUUGCGCAAAAAAAAACCCACGCCGCGGUGGCAUGCCUUCGUAAAUCCCUCCUGCUCGAUCCCUUUGAAUGGAAGACGCAUUACAAUUUAGCAACCACCUAUUUGAGUUUAGGACGUUACGUUUCCGCGUUUCAUCACAUCUCCGCAAGUAUCACGUUGAAUCCGAAGUACGCGCCCUCGUAUAUGCUACUGGGGGUUUGUUUAUCCCUCGCCAAGGACCUGGAUAACGCCUGUGAGGCGUACGAAAAGGCGAUUUCCUUGCGCGAAGGGGAUCUUUUGCUUCGCCUGAACUACGCCGUUACGUUGCUGAAUCACGCCCGGGUGGAGGAGGGGACUAUUCAGUUUCAGGUGGCCCUCUCGAUUUGGAAUGAAUCCUCGGCGGAGCAGCGGAGUAAGGCGAGCGCGUCGCUUUUACGCACUCUGAAGUUUCUCCAACAACGAUUAAAGGGUGGCGAAGGUGAAGUCGUUGAGGGCGCGUCGAUCGGGGAGGCUGCGUUUGCAUCCGAAGCCCCAGCGAGUGGAGGGGGUUUGCUUCCGGAGGCGAAUUCGAUUCCCACGGUGGGGCCCUCGCAGCAGAGAGAGAGGGGAGCCUAA